AACGUCUCGUUUAAAGGAAACGAAACUCCGUUAUCGUAGUUGGUAAAAAUCCAGAUUGGCCACAGACGGUAAAAUAGUAUCUGAAAGCUUUAAAGCUUGGCGCUACAUUGUUUGUCGUCUUGUACCGGAAGUCGUCAGGACAGAAAGUGGAGCUUUGAUCACGAUGGGCAUCAUGAAACUGGCAGAUCUGAUCCGCUCGGACGCUCCGGAUGCCGUUUGUCACAAACAAAUCCAAGACUAUUCAGGUAAAGUCAUUGCACUGGAUGCCUCGAUCGUGCUGAACCAGUUCCGGGCUGUGACUCCUAAACUAAGUCCUCUGAAGGGUCUCGUCUACCGCAUUCUCACUUUCCUGGAAAAUGGCAUAAAGCCAGUGUUUGUGUUUGAUGGAAAGCCUCCUAAAGAAAAGUCAGCUGUUCUUAAGAAGCGAGCAAAGUCAAAAGGCUUCUCCAACAGUACUGGCACAGCUUCUUCAAAGACCAAAGACUGCAUAAAACUCCUGAGUCUCUUGGGUGUACCUGUCAUACAGGCUCCAGGCGACGCUGAGGCACUGUGUGCUCGACUUGUGAGAGAGGGGAGCGUGGAUGCAGUGGCGUCAGAGGACAUGGACACACUGCCGUUUGGCGGCACUGUUCUUAUUCGCCAGCUGAAUGCCAAGAAGGACAGCGAUAUAACUGAAUAUACUUUGUCCAAACUAUUAUCUAAACUGGAUAUGACUCGUGAACAGUUUGUUGACCUGUGCAUUUUGUUGGGCUGUGAUUACUGUCAAAAGAUAAAAGGACUGGGCCCAAAAAAAGCACUGAAGCUGAUCCAGAAGCACCACACGAUUGAGGGUGUGGUUUCGCAUAUCAAAAGACAGACUUAUCCUGUGCCACAGUUGUGGAACUACAGAGAAGCACGGAAGAUAUUCUUGGAUGCACCACAAAUUGAGGCUCCCCAACUCAGCUGGUCUGAGCCAGAUGAAGAAGCCUUGGUUGAAUUCCUCUGUCCCAGACCAUUUGCUGAAGACAAACUUCGCAAUCGAAUGAAGACUUACCGUGCGAGGCGGGAGAAGCAGGAAAGGGAAAAAGCAGCAGGAUAUACCAGGCAAAGUAAAAUUACGGACUUUACCAGAGUCACAAGAAAAAGGCAGAAGGCCAUGAAGACUACAGAAUCUCCAGGCAUCGAGAAAAAGAGGGCAAAGUCUAAAUAGAUUUUCAGCUCCCUGUCUAAAGAAAUUAUGUAAAAAGUACCGACAGACAAGUCUUAAUCAGGAUCGUGAAGUUCUGCGAGUUAAUUAUCUCAGUUUAUAUACCCAGCAUAUUUUCCGAACUGGACACAAGCACAGCCAUAGUGACUGUGACAUGUCACUAUACAAGUGAUGUUCUGAUUUGUUCUGUAACACAAAUAAUGAUUAAUAGUAUAGAACAAAUCAUGGUUUUGUUAAGCCGGUCCAUGUGCCUUUUUGUUUUCUACUUAGUUUAGUAGCACAACCUAGCAGAACCAUCUUGUACAACACAGACUUCCAGUUUUUGAGCAUCAGGGCACAAACCACCCUGAUAUUAUAAUAAUCUGAUGGGUGGACAGCAGCGUCUGUGACAAUACUGCACUGAGCAGCUCUUUGGUGUGUCCAGCAGUUUCAUGCACAGCCGUGGAGAAAAGCAGAGCAGGCGGUGAAGGACCAUGAAAGAGCACAGUGUGAUCCCUGUCAGGGAGGCUGCUCCCAAAGCCAGAACUGGAGACAGUGGACGUCUCAUCGCUACAGAUUCAGUCAGCACCUGUUGUGCCAAGGCUGCCAAGGCAGGGGCCAGAGGAUGAAUAUUAAUUCAUCUACUAAUAGUAAGAUUAAUGUCUGAUAGAGGAAGUUAUCUUCAAAAGGCAAAAAAAUGUACAGCUCAUGUUAUACUGUAUGUUAAAUGUUGUGUUUCCACAUUAAAGCAAUCGUGCGUUUA